GGCGCCGCCAUUACUGCCAGGAAAAGCGUCACUUCACGCUGACAGUGCGACGGGCUGUACCAUCUCACGCAGGGGUGGGCUUGAACAAAGGGUCACGAAAGAAUAUCAAUCGUUCUUUAUUAUUUCAGCAAUAUCAAAUUGAUGGUUUAUGCGGCGUGACCUUGCUGUCAUAGGCCUGGAGUAAGUACCGGGAGAAAUGAAGCAGGCGCCGUGGAGAAUGUGGAAUUGUCUGCUCUCUGUGGGAAGGCAACAAGCCCCGGGAGCCUUGCAGAUAUCAAGGCACCGUGCACUUCAUGUUGGUGUUCCAUGGAGUCAAGGAGCCACUGAGAAUGUUAGCAACCUGAAAGCAGAAGCAGAGAAUCAAAGCUCAAAAGAUUUCAGUCCAGUUCCACCUCUUCCAGGACAAAGCAGCCAAUUACGAUGGGGAAGUAAAAAGUUUGAAGAAAUACCAAUUGCUCAUGUAAAAGCAACUUACAACAAUACUCAUAUCCAGGUUACAAGUUACGAGAACCAGUCGUUGGUGCGCACGUCCUGUGGUACAGAGGGCUUCAAAAAUGCCAAGAAGAGCACUUCAGUGGCUGCUCAGACAGCUGGCAUUUCAGCUGCAGCUAAAGCUAUUGGUAAAGGUGUUUCCCAUGUGCGUGUUGUUGUGAAAGGACUGGGACCUGGGAGACUGUCUGCCAUAAAAGGUUUGACAAUGGGAGGACUGGAAGUGAUUUCAAUAACUGAUGACACCCCAAUUCCACACAACGGCUGUCGCCCACGCAAAGCCCGCAGAAUGUGACGAGAACCAGGGAGAGGACUAGAAGUUUCCUCCAUAUGUAUAACUUGUAGCAUUUAUACCAAGGUUAGAGGAACAGAUAUUCUGCACUUGGAUAGGACGCAGCGAGCCACUUAAGCUGCCCGGACUCCCGUCGGGAACUUCCAUUCCGGCACCUUAGCCCGCCGUAAAGGCUACGUCAACCUGCUGAGGCUGGAGAUUGGGGUUGGAAGGGUUAACUGGUGCACUGGGGAAAAAAAAGUGCCUGGAACAUUUUUGCCAAGACAAUUUUUUUUUUUUCCCUCUAAUAAAAUGAAAAUGUCAGAAAAUGUUUGAGCUCACCUUUUGUGUAGUUCACGCCUCGCACGUUUCUCCUUUUCAUCAAUGUCCUUGAAAAUUAAUGUGAAUUUUUAUUCUCUUCAAAAAUUACAGGUAAUAAAAAUCACUGUACAGUAAAAUUGCUUUAACAAACAAUAGGUUAUUCCUGGCAAAAUGUACUACAGAGAAACCAUUGUAAAUAUGUUGUUUUUUGUUUUUUUUUUUCUUUGCACAUUCUGUCAGUUUACCAAUUUGCAAAACAUUUUAUUGCACCUCUGUUUUUCUUUCUUGCAAAGGUUUUGUAAAUUGUAAAAGUUACAUUUUAGUGUUUUUUCAUAUUGAUAAAUUUACAGUUGCUGGUAGAUCAAAUGAAGAUCUCGGGUUUCACAACUCGCUGAUUU